UGGCCGGCGGCGGCUUCGGCGUGCGCGGAGGUGGGAGGUGAGCGGCGGCCGGGCCGGGCUGCGGGAAGAUGGCAGAGAGCGAGCGGCGGGCAGGCACCUCUGAGGAGGUGGCUCCUCCUGUCCAGCAAUGCUUCAUGGUCCCCAAAAAGGAGAUAAAUGUGGUUUCUGACAUGGCCAAGUGGAAGCGAUCUCAGGCAUAUGCAGACUACAUGGGCUUCAUCCUCACUCUGAAUGAAGGCGUCAGGGGCAAGAAGCUGACCUGUGAAUACAAAGUUUCAGAGCCCAUUGAAAAGCUGGUGGCUCUGCUGAAUACCCUCGACAGAUGGAUCGAUGAAACCCCGCCAGUGGAUCAACCUUCUCGCUUUGGGAACAAAGCCUUCAGGACUUGGUAUGCCAAACUAGACCAGGAGGCAGAAAAGUUGGUGUCAGCAGUGAUUCCCAAGCAUUUGGCUGAUGCUGCCCCAGAAGUGGCUGUGUACCUGAAGGAAUCUGUGGGGAACUCCACCCGCAUUGACUAUGGCACAGGGCACGAAGCUGCAUUUGCAGCCUUUCUCUGCUGCCUCUGCAAAAUUGGUGUGCUCAGAGUGGAUGACCAGAUGGCCAUUGUCUUCAAAGUAUUUAACAGGUACCUGGAAGUGAUGCGAAAACUGCAGAAAACCUACAGGAUGGAACCUGCUGGCAGCCAGGGCGUGUGGGGCUUGGAUGACUUCCAGUUCCUGCCUUUCAUAUGGGGCAGUUCCCAGCUGAUAGACCAUCCAAGUCUGGAGCCUCGGCACUUUGUUGAUGAGAAGGUGGUAAAUGAAAACCAUAAGGACUUCAUGUUCCUGGAGUGCAUCCUCUUCAUUACAGAGAUGAAGACAGGCCCCUUUGCUGAGCACUCCAACCAGCUCUGGAACAUCAGUGCUGUGCCCUCCUGGUCCAAGGUCAACCAGGGCCUCAUCCGCAUGUACAAGGCAGAGGCAGGAUGUGGCUCAGGCUGUGUGCAUGAGGUGGAAAUGUCUCCAGAGUUCACCUCUCUAUCUCCCCUCCUGCAGUGCCUGGAGAAGUUUCCUGUGAUCCAACACUUUAAGUUCGGCAGCCUGCUCCCCAUCCAGCCUGUGACAUCUUAAGGAGACCGCAGGAGGAGCUGAGGCAGCGGAGGCACAGCACAGCGCUCUUCCUCCUCCCCUCACCCUUCCUCACCACCCAGCCCAUCCAUUCCUGCACAUCCUCAUCAGCAACCACAGAUCCAAAGUACUCGCCGGCCUGGCACGGGAGAUGGGACCUGGAGCAGCUCCUUCUGCACGUCCUCACCCUGGGGACAUCUCGCUCGCAGCCGAGCUGGGGCCGUGCUGCUCCGCUGUGCUGCACCCGCGUGACUGCUGGGAAUGGGGAUGGGUUUGGGCAGGGGCUGGCCUGCAGCAAAGGCCCUCUGCUUCACUUCCCAAGAGAAAGGGGUGUGGAGGGGAGGAAGGCACGUGUGUAUGUGUUGGGCAGUGGUAACUGCAAUUUCUCUUUUGAAUUUCAUUGGAGUUUCCUGUUGCUGUUUGCUUUGGGAAACCACUCCGCAGGGCGAGGUGUGAGCCUGCGCCUGUCUGUAUCAGCCAGCUCUGCCUGUGCUGGAGGUCUGGAACAGGAAAAGGGAGUUGUAUGGAGUCUCUGUGGGUUGUGAAAGCCCAGGGUACCCUCUCUUCCUUUUUCUGGGAAAGCACCCUCUUUCCACCUCUUCUGAAAGGUUUUCUGGGCCUUCCUUUCCCACUAGGACCUCUUCUCUCUGGUGAAGCUGGGAACCUUCUGGGCUGCAGGAGUCUGAGCUGGCUCUGGAGCUGGGCACAAGGUCCCUGGAGGGACCCAGCUCUGUGGGAACAGCUAUGCAAAGACACUGCUCAGGCACCCUCUUAACUGGCACAAACCCUGACACAUUCACACACAUCCAUAACUGGGUCCAACCUGCCCUCUGCACUCCCCAUGCUUUGCUGCCCUGGGGCUGGGCUGGCCUCAGUGGCAGGAGGUGACUGUGAUUGCUCCUGCUUGGUCAUAAACUGUAGUGACACCCCCAUAGCAAAGGGAUUUCCCCACGAAGCAGCACGAUCCCAGCUCUUUGAUGGGGGGACAUCCCUGGAGCACAGGCAUCAUGAGGGGGCGGCAUGUGGCUUCUCAUGCAUUUCUAUACUCGUGCUGGAAACAAAAAGCAUAAAUAGCCCAGGAGAGCAGGUUAUACCUGGAGAAAGCUCUUUCCCUAUGUCCUUCCCUGCUGGUAUUGCUGUGCUGGACCUCAGGCAGGGGGACCACACUUGCAGUGCCACCAGCAGCAGUGUGUUGAAGGCAGGUGGUCUGGAUCACACCACCAGCAUCAUUGGAGGGCAGAAAGGGGUGGUGCUGUUUUUGGGAUGAGCUGUCUGUCCACAGGUUGUGACCAAGGUGUUGCACAGCUUUGCAGCUGCAGUGGGGAUGUUUCUUCUUGGGGUUCCCAAGCUGGGUGUGGCAGGGACAGAGGACUGGAUUGGUGUUUGCUGGGGAUCAGGAACAGCAGGAAUCCUUCCUCUGGCAUUCCUGCAGACCAUGAAGGGGCUGCCCCCAGCCAGACUGCUCAGCUUUUGCCCCUGCACUGCUUUACUGCUCGGGUGGGAGGAGGAAACCUGCUUGUUUCCUGAUUUUUUUUUUCUUUUUUUUUUAACUGACCUACACACUCCCUCUUGUAAAGGUUCUUGCAGGCAGUCAGGGGAAGGAGAGUAAGAAAAGAGGCUAAGUUAAGAGGUGGUGAAAUGUCCACAGAGCUGAAGCAGAGCUUUCUGGCACUGUUGCUGUCCUCUCUGCUCCUGGCUUGGCCCUGGGCAGGGGGUGGGGUACAACAGGCUUUUGACCUGCCUGAAACAACUCUAUAAACUUGUAUUUUAAAUGAAAAUGGAGACUGGGGUUAAAUCUUCUUUUACUCCUAAAUAGGAUGUGUUUUGUCUUGGCUUUCCAAAUGGAUCCACUCCUGGAAUGUUGCUGGAGAUCUGUGUGCUUGCUGGGACUUGAUGAGUCCAUCUUCAAUGGAGCAGUCUGUGCCUGGAGCAGAGACUCAUGGUGUCUCCACCUGUGUCCCCUCACGUUGCUGUGUCUUUUGGCAGGUGUCCCCAUACUUUAAAUGACUGUGCAGCAUCUGGCCAGCAAUGGCUGAAUAAAAGCCUGUGGUUUUCUUUAUGUGCCCAAGGGUCGGGAAAACAUCUCUCCAGGUCGUCUUGUGGAAAUGAGGCUUCCAUGCAAAAGGAUGGGUGGAAAUUCUGACAUUGAUACAUGGGAGGGACUCCAGGAAUGUGGAAUACAGCACCAAGAAAGGGUGGAGAGGUGCUUCCUUCCCCUGCAGCUGCAGCAUUGCUCCCUGGGACCGUGUCCCUGGGCUUGGGACCUGCGGAGGCGGUGGGAGGAGGCUGACGCACAGCUUUGUGUUUGUUGCUUACCCGAGUGCACAUCUGUCCUGCUGGGGAUUUUGGGAUGUCAAGCAGCUAAUUCUCGUUUGAGCCUUAUCAGCCCGCUUGGGAUGUGCCCCCAUAAUGUGGCAGCCACUUGCUUUGCCUCCCUCCUGCUCCCAGUGACAUCCCCCACGGGCUCAGCUCCUCUGCCCACGCGCGUGGCAGCACCCUUCCUUCCUGCUCCGUGUCCGAGGCAGCACUUCCCACCUUCCCCCGUGUUGUAGGUUUAAUUAAAGUUUCUGUGUUUUGCACUGGUGACUGUGUUGAUAUCUCUCGGGCUGGGUUUGCUCCUGCUUUGGGAGCAGAGCCAGCAAAACCAACGGCCGGAGCCUUCGGCACAGGGAAGAAGCCUUGUGGAUGCACUUACCAUGUCGGUGGUUGACCUCGUGCUUGCACUAAAACUGAUUCAUUAUUUAACUGCAUAAUCAAGUA